UAAAUUAUAUAUAUUUGUUUAAUUGUGACCUCUUUAUAUCACAUAUUUUCUUUUGAACUUGUGCCCCACAUGAUUUACAUUGACAAAAGUAGUUUCCUGCAUCUUGAAACAAAAAUGACCCCCAUCUUUUCAACUUUUUAGCGAUUCGCCGAGCACAUUUAGUACACGUGAGCGGCUUCUCCCACCGUCGGGCCACCCAUUAAAAGAUGAGCGGCGAGCACAGAGGGAGCCCACGAUGAGAUUGGGGGGCACAUCAGGACGCGUGAGACAACGAGCUGGGCGGCGAGGCGGCGGCAUCAGCAUCAUCACCAACAGCAGCAGCGGCGGCGGCGCCAGAGCUCGGCUGGCCAAAAAAAGAACGCGGAGCGGCAAGAGCAGUAGGAGGGAGGUGAAGAACAAGAAGAAGAGGAGGAGGAGGAGGAGGAGGAGGAGGUAGCAAUAGUGAAAUUUAAACAGAGGUGCGUGGCUGACAGAUCACUGCUGCCUUGGUGACCGCUUGGCUCGCAGCGAGUGAGGAAGAUCGGGAUCAACUUUACGGGACGAUGUGCGCUGACAGGAUGGUGAUGACGGACCUGUUGAAAGCAGAGGAGAUCAAGAAAGCUCUUGAUGCCUUUGCAGCAGAGACGUUCGACCCUAAAAAGUUCUUCGAUCUGGUUGGAAUGACGGCCAUGUCGGCCGAGAGCGUCAAGCAGGUCUUCCGGGUUCUGGACGUGGACGGAAGCGGCUUCAUAGAAGAAGAGGAACUAAAGUUUGUACUGAAGGGCUUUUCCAAGGACGGCAGAGACUUGACAGAUGAUGAGACAAGCGUGUUCCUCAAAGCCGCGGACAAAGACGGCGAUGGCAAGAUCGGCAUUGACGGUGAAAGAAGAGCAGAAGCUUUGUCGGACACCUACACUGUCAAAAUGAGAAUGUAGAAAGGGGAGAUGUGCAUAGCGGUGAACUGGCAAAGUUUUUUUGAUUGUCUGCGGUUUAUUUUCGAGAUAGCUGUAUCUUGUGUAGGUGGAUAGGUCGCCCUAUUGCGCUGAUCUGGCGGAUCGUCAAAGCGGGUGGGAGGAGGGGAGGCAGAACCACCCCACUCAGGAUGCUGCCCUGACGAUGGCCCAUAACAAGAGAAACCAUCAGUGCAU